AAAAAGUUAUCACUGUCAUUAACCGCUUAAAAAAAAACCAACGCGCUUCGCUUCUCUUUUGGAAUUUAUGGUACUGUAACAAGGCUUCCUUUUGUGUCUCGCCCCGUGUGUUGUAAAAUUCGGUGCAAAUCAUAUCAACAAUGCACAAUUAAAGCUUCUAUAACGACGGGCCGCGCGUAGACGAAUUUGAUUACACGUCCCCGUUAUUACGGAUCAAUAUCGAAGUUGCGUUGCGUCGCGAUGCUGUGAUAGCGUCGCUCAUUAAAUGGAGGCAAAGUCAGGCUCAGGCGUUGGCGUUCACCACCAUUGGAUGAAAAGCAUGAUGGAGCCGGCCGGCGGCGAGAAAUCAAGCGAUAAUCGUCAAUCGGUGAAGCGAGAGAAAAUGGCGGAAGCGUACAACGGGUCUGAAGUCAAUUACUCGCAAGGUGAUUCCCGGUUCCGUUGCGACGUAUGUGAUCUGACGUUCGAAGGGAUGGAGUAUUUGAUGCUGCACAAGAAAUUUCACGGGAAUGACAAGGAUUCCGGGCCAGUUUCCCGGGAUCCCGAGCCGCAGAGUCACAAGGAAACUGCGAAGAAGCGUCGUAAGUUUCGCUGCGACCAGUGUGACGUCAAAGUCAACAGUCAGUAUCACUUGGACAUCCACCGCAGUAAGCACGAGGGUGUCACCUCCAAGAAGUACAUUUGCGAAGUCUGUGACCGCAGCUUCGUGGCAGCUCAGUUCUUAAAGUCACACAUGCAAACUCACUCGGCUACCAGCACUAUCAAUUGUGAGAUUUGUAACAAAAAUUUCACCGGGCAAGCUUACUUGAAGCUUCACAUGCAGCUGCAUAACGAUAUAAAGAAGUUCAAAUGCUCUAAAUGCGAUGAGAUGUUCCCGACUAAGAACUGUCUUAAAGUUCAUAUGAAGAAACAUACAAAGGUGAAGAAUUUCAAGUGCGAUAUAUGCAGCAAGCUGUUUGUAUCGAAGAUAACCAUGGAGAAGCAUAAGCUUACGCAUGAGGGGCAGCCCGUAGACUGCCUGGUUAAGUGUCCGCAGUGUGACCGUACGAUGCACUCGUCACUCCUGCGCACACACCUGGCCCGCGCUCAUCCUCCGAACAUUGAUGAUGAUGUAAAACGGCCCUAUAAAUGCUCGACCUGCGGGAAAUCAUUCAUCGUAAAGAUCAACUUGAACCUUCAUAUACGCGUAUGCCACCCGGACUUAGCUGAACCCGAGGAGGAAGAGGAAGAUGUUAUGACGGAUAACUCUUAGUUUUAUUUCUUUAAUCUGUAACCUAUCAUGUAUUGGAUAUAAUUAUACUUUUUUAUUCUAACCAUUA